AUGCGUGAGAGUGUGAUCCAGACGCAGGGAGACAGGACGUGCCUCUCUGUGACCCAACACUGCCAGAGCUGCAACCACCUCAGGACAUGGGCAAGCAACGUGUCUGCUGUCCAGACACACAGAGGAAAUGGGGAGGAGCCACAGAACACCCAGGUGGGUAUUUAAGGAUUAACAGUUGAUAUUGUGAAAUAACUAACUUCAGUUAUUUGUAUUCUGUGGUAUCUCUGUGGUAUCUCCCAAGUGGCGCAGUGGUCUAAGGCACUGCAUCGCAGUGCUAGCUGUGCCACUAGAGAUCCUGGUUCUAAUCCAGGCUCUGUCGUAGCUGGCCGUGACCGGUAGACCCAUGGGGUGGCGCACAAUUGGCCCAGCGUCGUCCAGGGUAGGGGAGGGAAUGGCCAGCAGGGAUGUAGCUCAGUUGGUAGAGCAUGGCGUUUGCAACGCCAGGGUUGUGGGUUCGAUUCCCACGGGGGGCCAGUAUGAAAAAAUAAAAAAUAAAAAAUGAAUGCACUCACUAACUGUAAGUCGCUCUGGAUAAGAGCGUCUGCUAAAUGACAAAAAAAUGUAAAAAAAUAAAUAAAUAAAAAAUCUCUAGUUAUUUUUUUUAUACAGAACUGUCACUCCAAUAAUACUGGUGUUUUCUUUCGCUAAGGUGGCUGACAUGCAGGUGGCCCUGCCGUCUGAGGACACAGAUGGGGCCCUGCCGUCUGAGGACACAGAUGGGGCCCUGGAGCUGACUGGCUCUUUGCAGAUGGAGGUGACUGUAGACCAGCCACCAAGACCAGGGGGAAGUGGUACGUCCUUGGUGAGGGAGAAGAAGGAGGGGAACAAAGGAGCAGAGGAGAGCAUGAAAGUAACUGAGGUGGUGUUGGACAGUGAGACGGACAGUGCACAAAGCCAGGAGGAGAAUGACCUGGUGUUGGACAGUGAGACGGACAGUGCACAAAGCCAGGAGGAGAAUGGCCUGUCCUCACAGGAGAAUGAGGGAGGAGAGGAGAGAAAGGGAAAGUCCCUAGGAGGUAAACAACAGGAGAAUGGUGCUGAGCAGCAGGCCUCUAUUGAGGUGACAAUAUACUCUAUAGAGCCUGAGGACUCUGAAAGCCAAACCUCUCAGAUAGACAGAGAAGGAGAGAAGAAGCAGGUGGCUGCAGAUGUGUGUGAGGGGGAGGGUGGUGAGUGUGAGAUGGAGGGUGAAGAGACAGAUGAGGAAGAGGGACAGAGAGAGAAUGACUCUGAAUUUGACCCAGAGGAGGAGGAGAAGGAAGAGGGACUGAUAGAGAGUGACUCUGACUUUGACCCAGAAGAGAAGAAACCAACGGGUAGUAGGUUGAGAGGCAGGGGGAGAGGCAGGGGGAGAGGGGGGAGCGGAGGAGGAGGAGGAGGAGGAAGGCAAUUGCAGCAGCCUACAGGAGAGAGUGGUUUGGACGUGUCUGCUGAAGACUCUGAUGGAUCAUCUUCAUCAUCACCCCAGAGAGACCAGCAGGACCAGGAGUCGUUCAGCGGUGCCGCUGGAGAACUGGGCUCUGGAAACGUUGCCAGCAUCCGGCAGAAAUUCAAAUACUCAAAAAAACAUAAUAUGGUCCUCUGUCCUGAAUGUGGCGUCCUGUACACCACCAGGCUGAAACACCAUAAGUGUGAACACAAGUUCGUGGUCCGCUGUCCAGACUGUGGGCAGGGUUGUGCGAGUGAACUCGGCCUCAAGCAGCACCGGAGGCUACACCGUCAGGACCUUAAGUUUCCCUGUAAGUUCUGCCUCCAAUCCUUCAGGACGCGGCCGGACAAGCUGACCCACGAGAAGACCCACAGAUUCAAAAGAUUAAAAGGUCACAGAUGCUACAGCUGCUCAGAGUGCCCACUGAAGUUUGACAACAUCCUCAUACGGAAUCGCCAUCUCAGAGAGCAUGAGUCCAAGAGACACAUCUGCCACACAUGUUACAAGGAAUUCGCCAAAGGUCACCUCCUGGAGAGGCAUGAGCUGUCCCACAGUGACGACAAGCCCUUCAAGUGCCAGGUCUGGAGGGAGGGGCAGGGUUUCAAUUACAUGCAACUGAAGUGUCUGUUUCAAUUACUUAUUUUGAAGAGGGCUAUUUACUAUAAACAAGAAGCUUCACAUUUUUAUUUAAACCAGAAUUAUUGUAUUUACAUGGUCCAUGUUGCUCUUUCCUGGGUGCCAGGUGUGCCAGCGUGCCUUUGCCCAGCUCAGCCAGCUGAAGUCCCACCUGCGUGUCCACACUGGGGAGAGGCCCUUCCAAUGCCAGCGCUGCGACAAGAGCUUCAACCACAACGUCAGCCUCAAGAACCACGUCACACGCUACCACAGCCAAGACUCAGGGCUGGACCCUGAUGAAGGACCAGGAGUUGGGGAGAGGGGGGAGACAGAUGGCAGGACUGUGCAGGAGGGAGGGGAGGUGGGGCAGAGGAAGCCUUGGCAUCAGGUAGAGAUAACCUUCUGGACUGAGUGGGAGAUGUGGGCUGGAGGAGAGGGAGCAAAGAGAGUGGAGGAGAAACAGAGGAAGAGGAAGCGCCAGUGCAAUGAUGAUCCUGAGGAGGAGGAGGAGGAGGAAGAGGAGGAGAGGCAGCGAGAGAGUGACCCAGAGGAGGAGAAGAUGAUGGGGAGUAGUAAAGGGAGAGGAAGAGGAGGGGGGAGAGGAAGAGGAGGUAGUCACUAG